AACUUAGGUGAUCAUGAUCACCAAAAGAAGAGGAACGGCGGGAGCAAGGCGGGCAAGAAGGCAAAGAAGCACAACGGACCCAAAAAGGGCCAGGGGAAGCGUGCUGAGGAGGAGGAGGAGGAGGAGGAGGAGGAGGAGGAGGAGGAGGAGGAGGAGGAGGAGGAGGAGGAGGAGGAGGAGGAGGAGGAGGAGGAGGAGGAGGAGGAGGAGGAGGAGGAGGAGGAGGAGGAGGAGGAGGAGGAGGAGGAGGAGGAGGAGGAGGAGGAGGAGGAUGAGGAUGAGGAUGAGGAGGAGGAGGAGGAGGAGGAGGAGGAGGAGGAGGAGGAGGAGGAGGAGGAGGAGGAGGAGGAGGAGGAGGAGGAGGAGGAGGAGGAGGAGGAGGAGGAGGAGGAGGAGGAGGAGGAGGAGGAGGAGGAGGAGGAGGAAGUGGAGGAGGAGGAGGAGGAGGAGGAGGAGGAGGAGGAGGAGGAGGAGGAGGAGGAGGAGGAGGAGGAGGAGGAGGAGGAGGAGGAGGAGGAGGAGGAGGAGGAGGAGGAGGAGGAGGAGGAGGAGGAGGAGGAGGAGGAGGAGGAGGAGGAGGAGGAGGACACAUAAAACGACAGAAAAAAACGACCGUAGUAUACAGACCGUAUAAAAUGGAAACCGUUUUCUUGU